UAAUUAAAAAUAGUAAAUGUAUUAUUAGAUAAUCGUGGAAAAGUCAGAAGGAAUGUCUCUCCCCUACACCUCCGAAAACCAAGAAAUACGAGAUUUGAAAAAUAGAAAUACAAAUUGAUAGAAAAUGUUAGGGCCACAUCUACUCACGAAUACGCAUCUCCAAAGUAGCAUACUUAACAAUUUCCUUAUCCUUGAUUAUGAGAAUAGAAAAAUAAUGAAAACUUCACAUACUUUUCGUCGUCGUAAUGGCUUCGUUUUGCUUCUUGUUCUGAUUCAUUUUUCUGUGUUUGGUUUCUCUUCAAAUAUCGAUGUUUCUUAUAGAGCAAGAGGCAUCAAAAUCAACGGUGACCAAAAACGUGUUCUCUCGAAUUCCAAUCACCCUCGCAGCGAUUUUCGGAAAUCUCUUCAACAUGGAAAGGAACAUUCAGCAUGUACGAAUCAUAAAUCUGUUCGAGGUCCAAUAACGCGUAUUUUUUGCCAAGACGGAUAUGUUAUCACCAAUAUCAAUUUUGCCGACUAUGGAAAUCCCACUGGUACAUGUGAACACUUUAGACACGGCAAAUGCGGCGCACCAGCUACUUUGAGGCUUGUCAAAAAGAAUUGCCUUGGAAAACCGAAGUGUGUAUUUUUAGUGACGGAUGAGAUGUUUGGUCCGAGCCAUUGCAAGGGACCUCCUACACUCGCGGUUGACGCCACUUGUACAAAAACCUAGGUUUCUUAUUCCUACUUAAGAUUUUUGUUAUAGAGAUUGUUUUUUUUUUCUCUUUCUCUCGUUUCAAUCAAGUUGGUGUUGGUCAUUGUAUUUUUCAAAUUUCAAAACAUAAGCAAAGUUAGCAAACCAAGCUUUUGCGUUACAUGUACAAUCCUAUACAAACUCGAUUGACGCUUACGUAACGUUU